CUGCGAUUUUCUCGAUCAGCGAAUUUUGGCUAGUAUUUCGUAACUGGCUCGUAGCGAGAGCCGUAAAGCGAUCGAUGACCUCGUCUUUCUGAGGCGCUUCCACUCGUCUUUUCCGUUUUCGAUGAGUCAACGCCGAAACACUGCGUGAGGCCGGGGAGGGAUUCUUUUAUUUUCGUCGACUUCGGUUCCUUAGCCGCUACAAUGCCGAUUGGGGACCUGCUUGCGUCGAUAACCGGCGAAAAGCCGUCGGUGGCUCCGGCCAUUAUCCCUCGACCCACUAUUGCAAUUCCGAAGCGCAAGGCCGAAGACGAUCUUGGACGUACGCCCGCAAAGACCCCGCGCACAGAAUCUGUCGCACAGGACCCCUCCAGACAAAAUGGCAGCUCACAGAGACUGUCACGUCCCACGGCAAAACCUACCGGCUCGACUGACAAGUCCCCCUCAGUGCAACGGCCUGCAGCGAAGCCCCAGACCUCGGCGUUAGCCAAGGCUGUAAGUGCACCAGCAAGGGCGAGCGGUAACAGCUCGUCAACCACAGCUCGUCAACCUUUGCCAUCGCGGCCAAUUGUCAAACGUCCAACCAACGAUGACUCUGAGCCAAAGCCGGAACCGAAGAAACGGUCGUUCCAAGAGGUCAUGAAACGAGCCCGUGAAAACGCGGCAGCCAGAGAGUCAUUUGGCAAGAUCCAGCAUAAGACACUCGAGAGAGGAUUAAGCAUGAGAGAGCGCAAAGAGAUGAAGGCAGGAACAACGCGGAGAGAGGGACCACCCUCACGACAGGGAACACCUGCAAGACAGCCAGUAGGUAAGAAUAGCGCAGCUGCCCCGCUCCGUCGGGAUGGAGCAAAUAUCCCCAGCCAGCGGAAUGGCGCCGUCCCCAGGACUGCCAGAGCCGUUAGCACUCCCAGUGCUUCACGGAAGACACCUCCAGCCACAGAGGAAAAGAAGGUCAAGAAGGCUGCCCUCGCAACAACGGGCUACACCGGGACUGCGCGGGGUGCAGCACGCUCACGGCCAGGCGCAUCGUCGUUACUGGCGUCGUCGAAGACCACCGCUGCAUCGAGAAAUGCUAAGCCGCCUCGAUAUGGUGGUGCGCUCUCCGGCUCGAGGAGAAACGACGAGUAUGACGACGAGUUGGAUGAUUUUAUCGAGUACGAUGAUGAAGAAGAUAUACCCGCCCGUGGCGGCUACGACUCACUCGAUGAAGACGAGUCGGAUAUGGAAGCCGGCUUGGGAGACAUAGACGAGGAGGAGCGGCGUGCUGAAUAUUUCGCCCGCCGCGAGGACCAGGAGCAAGAAGCUCUCGAGCGAAGACUCAAGCAAGAGAAAGAACGAAAACGCCUCGCGGCCCUCGCGGCCUCGAGGAACGGAGGCCGCUAAAUCCCAUAGCAAGGACACCACUUGGUGUUUGGGUUGGCUUUCGAGUUUGGAGAUGGGUCGAGCCGGGCACCUGGAUAGGGGGUUGGUUGUGCAUUCAGUGUAUAGGCGCUCUUUGGGGCGAUACUUUCGGGGGCAUGCUUGUGAAUUAUGGCGUUGACCGGAAGAUGGACGUGGACACCCAGAGACGAGAGAUACCGCAUCAGCGCUUGGAGUUUUCGUCAUUUGAGCUUGGUUGUGAUGGGCCUAUUUUGGGCUUGAUGGACAGGUACCUAGGUUAUUGUAGAUGACACUAUUGCCGUGUAAGUUGGGCAAGCUUGCACUUAAUUUACAAGAAACUAACCACCUUGUAACUAUCUUGUACGCCUGGCCUGUGC